AUGUCUGGCUCGCGAACACCAAAGGGUGACCCCUCGCCUCCACCGCCCACUACUGUGCAAGACACUUCGACAAGUGCCACGCGUCCACGUAUCGACGGCCAAAGCCAGCUACACGGCCUACACGAUCAUCACAGAUCCACGUUUGGACACCGUCGCAAGCACAGUCCCAAUCUCGAAUGGAAACAACCAUGGAACAAGGAUAGCUGGGCCCAAGGCCGUGUUCUGCUCAUUGACUAUGUUGCGAGCGAACACUCGGUUCGAGGUAGGCGGAAGAUCUUGGCCCAGGAGUUUUGCGAUAUCGACAGCUUGCGCCGUUUCUACCGCAAGGAAGACGUCGCAGGCCAGGCAGCUUUGCGUGUCAUCCAUGUCCAAAAUGCCAGUUGGGCGACGCGAUAUCUUCUGCGCAAGUUCAACAUCGACGCCACCGACGACCUCAUAGGCACAAACUUCGGCCGCUGGGCCCGCGAAGAAAAGCCUCAACAACGGGGUGGCAAGCCGGUGCUGAAUGGCCGCACCUUCCGCGCACAACGCGAUCCUUGGCGUGGCAUCUCACGUGCAGCUUUUGGUGCCGAUUAUCUCAAGUCGUACGACAGGGAAACCCACAUCCCCUUCCCCAACCACAGCAAACCCAUCAUGGAGCUCAACCACUAUGAUGAAACAGAUCAGCCACGGUACGGAUACGAUGUCUAUGUACAGCGGCUGAGCGUAUAUGUGCAAUACAGUGACGGCAUGCCGGGACAGGCUGUUGAUCCUGAUAUACCAAACCCGUACGAUGACGAGGCAUGGGACGAGUAUAUGCGCCUGAAGAAGAGCUACGGCAAUGUGAAUGCAAACGAGCACCAAGACAAGUACAUUCCAAAGCUCAGGUCUCUUGACAAUGGAAACACGAUAAUCUUAUUCGAAAACUCCGUCACUGGCUCCAUCAAAGACACUCUUGUAGGAGCCCGCCAAGAGCUCGAAUCCCGCUGGAGGCGACUUUCCUUCUACUUGCCUCAUGAAGAAAGUGAUGAAACCUUGACAGCAGAGUGCAUGGAUUUUAUACUCCAGGAUAUCUUCAAGGCCUUGGCCUAUAACUGGCACAAGUUCCUUGGUCUAUGUGAGACACAUGUGGGCAUCCUGGAGGAUAAGAUUUACGAAAAUCCCGCCGACGAGUCGAGAGCGCCUGAGCUGUGGAAGAACAGCGCGCAGUGGCUAAAGGUGGAACGUCUCAUUUACCUCCACGUUGAUCUCAUUAAAGAAAUGGUGACCCACCUCUACGACCUUGCUGGCGCCGAUCCAAAGAAAUCAUCAGACCAACCCUGGUUGGGCUUUGUGCCGGAUGAGCUGGAUAAAUUGACAGGGCAGUGGGAUAGGGAUGUUAUCCAGCCUACCACUGCGCUGAGUGAUUUGAUGUACAAGACCGUGGGAUUCUUUGGCAUGAAUGUUUCAACCUUUGAGAACAAUCCUCCUCUAAAAUGGUGGUUCAUAGUAUCAGUCCCUGUACUUGUCACCGUUAUGAUUCUCUGGUACGGUGUCAAGCACAACCUAGCAAGUCAACGCCAAAACCCCAUGCGACGUGGUGUUUAUGAGUCACUGUACCAUGAGCUGGCUACCGCUCACUCUUCCCUAUGGACCAGAGGCGGCCCUCGUCCGGACGUCGUGCCAGUUGGGUGGUGGGGCGGUGUAAAGUGGAGAUUGUUGACGACCUGGUUUGGUGAGGAUAAGUUGAAGCUAGGAAGACCCAGUGAUCCAGCAACAGAAGAAUUCGGCACCUGGUCAAGGACAAAGCGGUACCUAGCCCGUCGCUGGCUGGACGAACUGGCUGUCAUGCCCAUCCCACAAACUACCAGUGACGAGCACUCCCGACCUCAGUCGUCUGGUUCCACGCAUUCCUACGGCCACUUUGAGAAAGACCCAGGCGUAGUUCGCGAGUUACUUCAUACUGCGACGCCAGUGGGUAUAGCGGCAAUGGAUCCUACGGCUGCUAGUCGACUACAAAAGCUUGUGCCGCCGGAACGAUUGAGAAGUUUAAAUCCGAAGGCUGACAAGAGGUCUGCAAGUGCGGGGAGCAGAGUGAGUAGUGAUGGGGGCAUAAUGGUAGAGGAGGAGAAGAGUGGUGAAGAGGACGCUGGUGGGAAGCGAGAGGGAAGACUCAACGUACCGCGAUAA